AUGAAUGAAACUUUAAGCGAAGAGGAAAUCCAGGAAAACGAGUUUUUUGACUCCAUCGCGCCGGAAUGGGUCAGUAGGGAAGUUCUUUUCUGGAUAAUUUGCGGUUUAUUGGGCUUGGUGAUCAUUCUUAGUGGGAUAAUUUGCUGCCUGAUUUGUAGAAGUGGAAGGAAAAACUCCGAAAAUGGUGGUAAAAAGCGAGAAAGUUCACUUGGAAUUGUCAGAUCAGAAUCUAUGAGUGUCAAGUAUUAUCGACCUCACAGAAGAGAACCCCCAGAAAAACAACCCAUCUCUGUAUAA